GGACGCUCGGGGCGGCGGCGGCGGCAGAGCCAGGUUCGAGGACGCUCGGGGAGGCGGCGGAGGAGGCAGCGGAGCCGGGCUGCCGGGCGGGCGCGCUCUCGAGGGCAGCGGCCCAAGGUUUCCCGUCGGUCUCGGCGCUGGGAGAGGUGGAAGUGCGGCCCGCGGCGGCGGCGGCAGCAGCUGGCGACCGAGCACGUUAGACGGGGCCGGGAUCCGCGGCGCGCUCUCCGCCCACAGAAAUGAGCCGUCAGUCUGCUACAGCAUUACCCCCUGGCACUUCAAAAUGUCCGCCAUCCCAGAGGGUACCUGCCCUGACUGGCACAACUGCAUCCAACAAUGACUUGGCGAGUAUUUUUGAGUGUCCUGUCUGCUUUGACUAUGUGUUGCCACCCAUUCUUCAGUGUCAGAGUGGCCAUCUUGUUUGUCGCAACUGUCGCCCCAAACUCACAUGUUGUCCGACCUGCCGGGGCCCAUUGGGAUCCAUUCGCAACUUGGCUAUGGAGAAAGUGGCCAAUUCAGUACUUUUCCCUUGUAAAUAUGCCUCUUCUGGAUGUGAAAUAACUCUGCCGCACACAGAAAAGGCAGAGCACGAGGAGCUCUGUGAGUUCAGGCCUUACUCCUGCCCCUGCCCUGGUGCUUCCUGUAAGUGGCAAGGCUCCUUGGAUGCUGUCAUGCCCCACCUGAUGCAUCAGCACAAGUCCAUCACAACCCUGCAAGGAGAAGAUAUAGUUUUCCUUGCUACAGACAUUAACCUUCCUGGUGCUGUUGACUGGGUGAUGAUGCAGUCCUGUUUUGGCUUUCAUUUCAUGUUAGUCUUGGAGAAACAGGAAAAAUACGAUGGUCACCAACAGUUCUUCGCAAUUGUACAGCUGAUAGGAACACGCAAGCAAGCUGAAAAUUUUGCUUAUCGACUUGAACUAAAUGGUCAUAGGCGACGAUUGACUUGGGAAGCGACUCCUCGAUCUAUUCACGAGGGAAUUGCAACAGCCAUUAUGAAUAGUGACUGCCUAGUGUUUGACACCAGCAUUGCACAGCUUUUUGCAGAAAAUGGCAAUUUAGGCAUCAAUGUAACUAUUUCCAUGUGUUGAAACGGCAAUAAAAUAUUUCUGGCCAGUGUUUAAAAUUUGCAUUUGACUUCACAGAGAAUAAGGCACCCAUCUGCUUGCCAACCUAAAAUUCUCCUGGUAGACAGGAAACAGUUGCAUGUAGUAGCACUAAUAUAUUUAAAAAUAAUUCAACAGUAAGCCACUGAAAAUAUAUAUAUAAACCUAAGAUGGGCAUCUUUUGUAUUAAGGAAGGAAACAUUGUAAGAUAUUUCUGAACUUUGUGUUUGUUGUAUAUUGUAUUUUUGACAACAAUUUUUGGGGGUGCGUAUGUGUGCACACAUGUGUGCACAUGUGUGGUUGGUUUUUCUUUAACUGACAAGCCAUCUGCUUUCCCCUUGUAAGUGAAUACAUAGUGCUGCUGUGUUUUUUGCUUUUUGCUUUGUAUGUGUGUGUGUGUAUUUGCUAAUUUUCUAGUUUUUCACUAAAUAAAUUUGACUUUUCUGUAA